AUGGUUUACAAAUUUGCCAAAGUUUGUAAAUUGAAAUCUAUUGGGGUUUUCACUUCUGAAAACCCCAAUCUUCAACAUUUGCAUAGACCCAUUUUCAAUGAGUCUCUUCUGAGUGGAAAUAGCAAUGAGGAAAUCAAAUGCAAUGUCGAAAAAGUUCAUCCUCAGAGUCACAAGAUUGAAGUGAAAACCAAAGAGGAAUCUUGUGGUGAUUUGGUGAUCUUGAAUAAUAUAUUUGAUGCUGUUUUGGAUUUGAAAUUUGCAUAUCUUGAGCUACAAAAAGCUCACAUUCCGUAUGAUCCGAAGAAGAUUGUUGCUGCUGAUGAUAUUGUUGUUGCUGAGAUUGAGAAGCUUUGCAAGUUCAAGAGUGAGUAUAAGGAGAAACAAUCUAAGAAGGCGAUUAUCAAUGUUGAACUAUCUGAUCUUUUGAUGAAUGAAAUUGUGGCGAAGGAGGACUUUUUAGGGAAGCUUAAGUCUCGAAAAAGUGCGAAAGAUUCUAAGAUUCUUCGGUUGCGACACUUGCUUAAUGAUUUGGAAAUAGGGAAUGAAAAUCUGAAUGAGAAACUCAGACAGAUUAGGUUAGAGCAUAGGAAAAAAGAAAGUGUUUUGACUGUUGCUAAGUUUCAAGAUGUUUUUAAGGCUGCUUCGAAAUCUAUCCAUGAUUUUGCAAAACCGUUGAUUAGCUUGAUGAAAGCUUCAGGUUGGGAUCUUGAUAUGGCAACAAAGUCGAUUGAAAGCGAUGCUGUUUAUUCGAAAAAAUGUGACAAGAAAUAUGCUUUCGAGGCCUACAUUGCACGAAGAAUGUUUCACAGUAUUGCAUUAACUUCCUAUGACGUGAGUGAUGUUAUGAAGUUCGAUGAUCCGUUUGACGCACUAAUGGAGAAUCCAUAUUCAGAUUUUGCGAAAUUUUGUCAAACGAAGUAUCUUCUGGUUGUUCCACCCGAAAUGGAAGAGUCGUUCUUUGGCAAUUUGGAUUACCACAAAUUCGUAAUGAGCGGCAAGCACCCGAGAACAGAAUUCUAUCAACUAUUUGUGAAAAUGGCGAAAUGGAUUUGGGUUUUAUUAAGAUCAGCUGUCACAAUCGAUCCUAAUGCAACAAUGUUUUCUGUGAGCAAAGGAAGCAUGUUCUCAAACUUGUACAUGGAAUCUGUUGAGAAAGAAAACGAGUUCGCAAUUCUUUCGGAUGAAGAACAAGCUACUUAUAAAGUUCAGUUUAUGAUCAUGCCAGGGUUUAAAAUUGGAUCGAUCAUUGUUAAGUCUCAAGUUUAUGCUUCUCAACAUCGUUCAAGCUCAAUGGUGGCCACUUUAACUGGUAAUUCGGCUUAUAGAACCACAUAA